AUGGAGGAUAGAGUUGAACUGUUGAAAUGGUGUUCGGGGAAAACUGUAUCUGCAUUGGUUCAUGAGUCUGCCAUUUUUUACAGUUGUGAUGAUGAGGAGAAAGGAUUUGCCAAUUGGGUACUGAAGCUAAAUUUGAAUAAGAAAGUUGAUAUAUUCUGGUGGAGGAUUGGCAAAAAAGCUAUUCCAACUAAUAUGUUCCUAAAGAACCGUAAGCUUUCUGAAUAUGAUUAUUGUGCUAGAGGCUGCCAAUCCAUUGAAUCCUAUGAGCAUAUUAUGGUUCAUUGCAAGUAUAUGGUGGAUGUGAUUAUGAAAAUUCGUGAAUGGGGUAUCCAUAUACCAAUUUUUCAAUCAUUGGACAAUUGUUUACAGGUUCUGAAAUGUUUAUCUGCCCAGAAAUUUGGAAUUGUGAGAGUUUACUGCACCAUGGUGUAUUUGCCAUGGAGGAAUCGUAAUGAUGUUAAGCAUCAGAAGGCUACUUUGCCGUGCUCUUUGGUAGUUUCCAAUGCAUUGUUCUUAGCUACUUAUAUUUCUAAUCCAUUUCUUACAAGCUGGGGCACUAAUCUCCUUAGGGAGUCCCAAAAUUCUUGGUGCCCUCCUCCAAAGGAUUGGAUUAAAAUUAAUGUGGAUGCUUCUUUAAUUAGCUCUAAUCAAGCUGGAAUUGGUGGAAUUUUUAGGGACCAUAAGGGCUGA